AUGCCACAAUUUUCUCUGUCAGAGUCAUCAGAUUUCCAGACACCAUUCUCAUAUAAGCCACAAGCACACCAGCUGCAAUUGCACCAUCCAGAGCCUGAAACACAACACCAUCAAACCGAAUUAAGACGUCAUUUGCAUGAAUUGCCUAAAUUUGGGGGGUUUCCAGAAGAGUGGCCAGCCUUUAUCAAUUUAUACCGCGAAACCACCAGGACAUAUGGCUAUACCAAUCUUGAGAACCAGAUGCGACUGCAGAAAUGCCUGUAUGGAGAAGCGAAGCAGGUAGUCGAGGCAUUAUUAAUUUAUCCUAAUAAUGUCGCUGACGUCAUUUCGGAACUUAAAAAUAGUUUUGGGCGGGACGAAAUUCUCAUCCGAAGUCAACUAGCAAAGCUUAAAAUGAUUUCACCCAUAACUGAGGGAAAAGUAAUUGAUAUUGUACCACUCGCUGUCAAGGUAAAAGGGCUGGCCAUUUUUCUGGAAACGUCCAACGCCACCCAGCACAUAAGCAAUCCGUCUUUGCUUGAAGAGUUAUGCUCGAAAUUGCCCUUCAGGAUGCGUUUGGAGUGGACACGAACUAAAAUUCACAUCAAACCACACGCUACACUGCACCAUUUUUCCAAGUUCCUGGACGAGGAAGCAAACGUCAUUAAGGCAACAACGUACUGUACCUCAUCUAGCCCUCAAAGCUUGAUUGAAACAAAAAAGAACUUUGUUAUGCACAUUAACACGAGCAACUCUCAACGAGCUUUGUGCAUAUUGUGUAGCCAAGAUCAUUUGUUGGCAGUGUGUGACAGAUUUGCUGAAAUGUCGGUGGACGAACGAUGGAAGGAAGUGAAGGCAUUAAAACUUUGUUUUUCUUGUUUGAGGCGAGGACACAACACUUUUACAUGCAGAACCAAAUUUAUCUGUAACAUUGGUGGAUGCCAGCGCAAACACCAUAAAUUACUUCACAAUAACUUUAAUUUUUCUCCACCAGAAUCAAAUAUGGAUAUCGUCUCACAGCCUUUAUGCACCUUGCAUCGUCCUUCGGAUGUAGAAAACACAGAAUUCUUUUUCAAAAUAAUUCCAGUAACAUUGUCUGGUGCCGCUGGAUCUUCGGUGCAUACGUACGCAUAUCUGGAUGACGGUGCAAUGCCUUCCUUAAUUGGUGAAGAUGUCGCAAAACAACUGGGGCUACAAGGAAAAUCUGGUAACAUUAAACUUCAGUGGUUUGGAAAUCAGACAAUAGACUUACCAACAACAUUUGUGGAAUUUGAAAUCCAGGGUGUCGGCAAAAAAUAUAAGGUGAAUAAUUUCUGCACAAUAAAAAAUCUUGACCUGCCGACACAAUCCUUGAAUUUUAAUAAAUUAAUUUCCAACAACAGCUGUCAAAGUGCUGAGUUAAAAGGGUUGCCAAUUUAUGACUAUUUUAAUGUAAAACCUACUAUUUUGGUGGGUAUGUCCAAUGCUUAUUUAGGAGUAGAAUCAAACCGGUUUGAACUGGGAUCGAAGGGACCAUUUAUUGCUGAAACAAGGUUGGGGUGGGUAGUUUAUGUCCCAACACAUGUACAAAAUGACCACUUGACUAAACUUAAAAGAAUUUUGACUGUUCGUGAUGCAGAAUCGUAUUCUCAUGAAAGCGUUUUGGAUAAUAUUCAUGAAAUGGUAAGAAAUUAUUUUACUAUCGAGAACAUGGGUAUUUAUAAACCGAAGAAUAAAUUAUUAUCAAAUAAUGAUCAAAGGGCGAUAAACAUUAUGAAGCAAACUACUAAACAAAACGGUUUCCGAUAUGAAGUGGGACUUCUUUGGAAAUCAGAUAACUUUGAAUUUCCUGAAAGCUUCACAAUGGCCCUUAAGAGACUAGAAUUCGUCGAAAAGAAGAUUUUAAUAGAUCCUGAACUUCAAGCAGCAUAUAGAGGAAAAAUAGAUGAGUAUUUGGAGAAGGGAUACGCAUACAAAGUUAAAUUGGAUCCAAAUAAUGUCGAAUCUUCCAAAAUCUGGUACCUUCCACAUUUUGGAGUAAGGAAUCCAAACAAACCGGGAAAAUUCAGAUUAGUCUUUGACGCAGCAGCCAAAUCUAAAGGCGUCUCCUUUAAUGACAUGUUGUUGUCAGGACCAGAUAUGAACCAAACGCUGUUGGAUGUACUCUUUAAGUUCCAAGAAGCACGCAUCGGAAUAUGUUCCGAUAUCAAAGAGAUGUUUCAUAGAAUAGACAUUCGACCAGAAGACCAGAUGUGCCAACGAUUUUUAUGGAGAGACGGAAGUCCUGAAAACCAAUUGGAAGUUUACCAGAUGCGAGCAAUGAUAUUUGGAGCCACUUGCUCUCCCAGUUUGGCGCAACAUGUGAAAAAUACGAACGCAAUGCAAUUCAAAGAUGAAAACCCAAGAGCCGUUACUACCAUCACAGAAAGACAUUACGUUGAUGAUUGCGUUGACUCCUUUGAAACAGAAGAAGAUGCCAUUGAUGUCGUGAAACAAGUAGUAUGGAUUCAUCAAAAAGGUAAUUUUGAGUUGGCAAACUUUGUUUCAAAUGCGGAAAGAGUUCUAAAAGAGUUGGGAGUGCUUGAUGAAGUGAAUCGGGUAGUUGACGUGAACGUUGACGUUUGUGAUAAAAGAGAAAGAAUUUUGGGAAUGCACUGGAAUACCACAAAAGACGCAUUCGUGUUUUCGUUUCAAUUCCAUAAAGUUUCUCUAGAUAUUUUAACUGGCGUUCGAACUCCAACAAAACGUGAAAUGUUAAGCGUUAUCAUGAGUAUAUUUGAUCCCUUCGGAUUUUUAGCACAUUUUGUUAUAAGUGCAAAAAUACUAUUGCAAGAAGUAUGGAAGAGCGGAAUUCCCUGGGAUACAGUGUUACCAGAUUGA